AUGGAAGCGAAAGUGUUUCAAAUGGUGAGAUACUGUGGCUGCGUCGAAAUCGUUGAGAGCUUCGCUAACCUUGAAGACUCAAAGAAAGAAGAAGUUGCUGAAUUUUCAGUCUACACACUCACGCGUGCUUCAAAUUCAAACUUCUUUCCUUCCCCCUGCGUGAACCGCACUGUUCAAAUCACAGAAGAAGAACUAAAGAGAAUCGUCGGCAGAAAGAAAGCUGUUCCAGAGAAAAGUGAGGAGCUCUACACAGUGAUUAUCACUCCCUAUUCCAUCAAAAUCUGCAAAAAGGAGAAGAAGCCAUUUCACUACAGCGAGUUGGAGACGGUUAUGACGGAAAAAGCAAAAUUCAGCAUGAACUUGGUCAGUUUCGCAUCUUUAGAUUUCGACAUUUUCGUCUCAUUUGUGGCGAAGAAUGACGACGGUACCCAUCGCGCUGGUUAUGUUCUCGAAUGCUCCGACAACGACAGCGCAGGGCAGAUGUUCGAUGUAAUCAAACAGUUCUUCAAAGAACCAAGGAUUUACUUUUGA